AGAGAGAGAGAGAGAGAGAGAGAGAGAGAGAGAGAGAGAGAGAGAGAGAGAGAGAGCUGAAUGGAAUGUCUCUGAUUCUCAAUGUUCCGUCUCAGAACACAUGAUAACAUGGAACUUCUAUCGUAAGGUGAGUACACAUUCUAUUGAUUCACGCACCUGCUUUUAGAUAUUACAUCCCUAAUACAUGUUUUCAUAUGACAUAUCUGUUUAAUUAACAUGUAUUUACAUGACAUAGCGUAAAUAUUUCCUUACAUACUUGACUCAUUUAGGUUUAUCCCAUGGAUAAAACUUGUCAAGUUAAGUUUUGGCUAGAGUCUUGAGUCAUGUAGCAGGUUAGGGCAUAGUUAUAGAGCCAGUGGGCAUCAGGAGAAAAACGACAAGCAACAGUACUCUUCUGUCAGGCAGGUGAUUAAGGCUUAAAAUUAAAAUAAUUAAGUGAUUGAAGGAAGGAAUAAUCAACACUAUCAAUUGUUUCUCCUAAACACAGCACAGCUCCGUAACAGGGAAUCACUCACUAACAGUAGAAGGAUGACCUGCCACUCAUUGAGCUCCUUUGUACGGAGCCUGUCCAGGAGAAAACCUCUGGAGCCUGAGGGAGAGGAGUCCACUUUCAACCGCUGUCUCACCACUCUGGAUCUGGUGGCCCUAGGGGUGGGGAGUACCCUGGGGGCAGGGGUCUACGUUCUCUCUGGGGAGGUUGCUAGGACGUCGUCAGGUCCCAGCAUCAUCAUAUCCUUCUUCAUCGCUGCCGUGGCCUCCAUCUUUGCCGGCUUGUGCUACGCUGAGUUCGGGGCCCGCGUCCCCAAAACGGGGUCUGCAUAUCUGUACAGCUAUGUGACGGUGGGAGAGCUACUGGCGUUUAUUACCGGAUGGAAUCUGUUGCUGUCCUACGUCAUAGGGACGUCUAGUGUGGCGAGGGCUUGGAGCGGAACCUUUGAUGACCUCAUCGGCAACGUCAUGGGGAAUUUUUUCAAAGAAAACCUUUACAUGGGCUUCCCGGGCCUCGCAGAAUACCCAGACUUCUUUGCUGCUGGGCUCAUUAUGCUCCUGGCAGGUCUGCUGGCCUUCGGUGUCCAGGAAUCGGCAAUAGUCAACAAGAUCUUCACGGCCGUCAACAUCCUGGUGCUUCUGUUUGUCAUUGUAGCGGGCGUUGUCAAGGGAGACGUCGGUAACUGGCAGAUCAGUCAGGAGGUGCUCGUCAACGCUACAGCGGAAUUACAGAACCUAACCUCUACAGUCAACGUGACCAGUAUGUAUGGGGCUGGAGGGUUCUUCCCGUACGGUUUCGACGGGACAAUCUCUGGAGCCGCUACCUGUUUCUACGCCUUCGUAGGCUUCGACUGCAUCGCCACAACAAGUGAGGAGGUGAAGAACCCUCAGAAGUCCAUCCCGCUGGGCAUCGUGGCGUCUCUCCUCAUUUGUUUCCUGGCCUACUUCGCCGUGUCGGCAGCCCUCACUCUGAUGAUGCCCUACUACAUGCUGAAUGUUAACAGCCCGCUGCCUGUGGCCUUCAUGUACAUCGGCUGGGGGCCCGCCAAGUAUGUGGUGGCUGUCGGCUCGCUCUGCGCCCUCUCCACCAGCCUGUUGGGUUCCAUGUUCCCUAUGCCCCGCGUGCUGUUUGCUAUGGCCAGAGACGGCCUCCUCUUCAAGCCCCUCAGUAAGGUCAGCGCCAGACAAAGUCCUGUCAUCGCUACCCUCUCCUCCGGGGUCGUAGCAGCGAUAAUGGCCCUGGUGUUUGACCUGAAAGCUUUGGUUGAUAUGAUGUCAAUUGGGACACUCUUUGCCUACACACUUGUGGCUAUAUGCAUUCUUAUACUAAGGUACCAAGAGACCCAAUCAGAAGACUCAGAUCUCCAGAUUCUUGAAUCAAGCACCAAGUUUGGUUGUCUCAAACCACCAUCAUUUCCAACAUCGGGCACCUCGAAAACAGUCACAAGUUUGACUGUCUUUUCUGUGGUGUGUGUAUGUGGUCUGUGCGUCCUGCUGACCCAAGCGAUAGACGCUAUACAGCGGCAGGAGAUCUGGAGCAUGGUGUGUGUGUCCAUCGUAGCCUUCAUCCUCCUGGUCCUCGUCAUCGUCAUCUGGAGGCAUCCACAGAACCAAGCCAAGGCUGCUUUCAUGGUGCCCUUCCUGCCCGUGCUGCCGGUAGUCAGUGUGUUUGUCAACGUCUACCUGAUGGUGCAGUUAGGACGAGACACCUGGAUGAGAUACGCCAUCUGGAUGGCCGUAGGGUUCCUCAUCUACUUUGGUUAUGGGAUCCGUAACAGUGUUCAGAAGCAGAGGAACCAAACCCGCCAGGUGGAGAUUGAGACCAUCAGCGGUGUGACGAAGGAGGAGGCCUUCAAAGAAGACAGAUUCUGAGGCUGAGUGGAAAGGACAACACAGGAGUGGAGAGAAGAGGAGAGGAGAAGAGAGGACAUAGGAGAGAGAGACAAGACAGGACUGCAGCUGACAGGACAGGACGGGAGCUGACAAGACAGAGAAGGUCUGGAGAGAGAGAUAUUUACUGUCACUUUUUAUUGUUUAUUUCACUUUUGUUCAUCUAUUUCACUUGCUUUGGCAAUGUAAACAUACUGUAUGUUUCCCAUGCCAAUAAAGCCCCUUGAAUUGAAUAGAGAGAGUUAGAGAGAGAGAGAUGUUCUGAUGUUACAUUGUGUAUUUAAGAGAAUUCCUGUCUACUGUAAAACUAAAGGCUGGUUUAUACUGUCUGUACACUAGAAUUCAACAAGUGUAGUUGGUCAAAACAACAUUUCAUUUAUAACCAUUAUGUCUGUACAUUUCCACAGUCAUUUACAACUUCCAAAUAAUGUAUUUUAUAAGGAGGCAUCGUGGUGGUCUUUGAUUGAAAAAAUAUAUAUAUGUGUUUUCUCAUUGUUUUGUCAUACAGUAUUGAUAUAGAUCAAAUACGACAUGUCCCCCAAAAAUACAUUGCACGUUUUAGGAGUUGAUUUAGUCAGCUGUUCAGUUCACGUGAGAUUUGGUUAUGGUGGUUUAGAGAUCGUGAGGUCAUCUACCUCUGCAUCUGUUGCUGUUGUAAGAGUCGGAACGUGGAGAUGACCUCAUUAUCUCUCUGUGUAUUUAGUCCGAGGCCAAUAUGAAACAUCGUCUGAACAACAAUGUCAACUAUUGUAACAAGCUCUAACAAACUCAUCAGAUGUAAGUUCAACACUUUUCCAUGACAACAGGAUGAGGGGAAAGAACGUUUUCCCAAGCAGGAAAAGCAGUUAAUGUGCUUUGCCGAAAGCAAGAUCGACUACUGUAUUCCUACACACUCCAAGGCGUAUUAGUGUGCUUGCUGACCUAGUUGUUUGAGAAAAAAUGACCUUGAUAACUAUUUAUACUUUUUGAACUAUGACCACAUAAAAUACAACGCAUUUAUAUAGAUUUACAAUGUGAGAUUUUUCAGAAUAGUCCUGCUCUUCAACUGUUUAUGCUAGUCAUCAAAAACAGCAAGGGACCUUCAUCAAAAAAAGUUAUUUAACUAGGCAAGUCAGUUAAGAACAAAUUCUUACUUUCAAUGACAGCCUGGGUUAACUGGUCUAGGAACAGUGGGUUAACUGGCCUAGG